AUGAGUUCUUCAUGCAAGGCGUGGAUCUUGUCGGGCCAGGAAGGCCCGAAGAGUCUCGAGUUUGUUGAGAACCAGGAGCUCCCGCCACUGGGAGAUCAUGACGUGCGCGUCAGAAUCCACGCGGCAUCUCUCAAUCAUCGGGAUAUUGCGAUUGCAAAGGGCGCCUAUAACCUGACUAUCGAACCGAAUGUCGUUCCUGGGUCUGACGCUGCUGGAGUAGUUGAAGACAUCGGUUCGUCUGUAGACGGAUUCCAACCGGGAGACCGCGUUUGCACCCAUUUGACAUCCCAUAUGCUUGAUGAUGCUCCCGCGACAUUUGCCGAUAUUGGUGCUGGACUUGGUCAACGCAUUCAUGGAACUCUCCGCACACAUGGGGUGUUUCACGAUACAUCCCUCGUCAAGAUGCCCGGGAAUCUGACUUUCGAUGAAGCGGCAACCCUAACAUGCUCUGGUUUGACUGCGUGGAACGGGUUAUUUGGGUUUUCUCUUGCAGCAGACGCAACUGUCAUAGCGACCACAAGCUCAGACGAGAAAGCCGCCAAAUUGCGGUCGUUAGGAGCGCACCACAUCAUCAACUACAAAGCCACCUUAAACUGGGGUGAAGUUGCCAAAGGUCUUAGCCCAGAUGGCAAAGGUGUACAUACGGUCAUUGACGUGGGUGGUCUAUCUACACUGCGCCAGUCCCUGCAUGCUGUUCGUCCGGAGGGUAUGAUCGCUUUGACGGGCUUGCUCGGUCAAGCGCCGGAUGGCGAUGUUCCAAAUAUCAUGGAUGGUCUUGUGCAUCUAUGCACAAUCCGUGGGCUUCUAUUGGGGACAAGGACCCAGUUUGCGGCUAUGAACCAAUUCAUUGAGAAGGAGAACAUUAAACCCGUUGUGGAUGACAGGCCUUUUGGUUUGGAGGAGGUUAAGGAAGCGUUUGAGUAUUUGUCUCAACAGCGGCAUUUUUCGAAAGUUGUGACUCGGACUGCGUGA